CGGACCUUGGAGCAGCGCGGCGCGCCCGUGGCGUCCCGUGUGUCCUGGCCAGCCGUGCCAGGUGAGGGUCCGGAGCGGAUUCCCUGUGUCCUGCCCAGCCGUGCCAGGUAAAAGGACACAGAAGAGAAGAUGGACUGGGGAACUCUGCAGAGUGUUUUGGGAGGUGUAAAUAAGCACUCCACCAGUAUCGGGAAGAUAUGGCUCACAGUCCUCUUCAUCUUCCGUAUCAUGAUCCUGGUUGUGGCUGCAGAGAGAGUCUGGGGAGAUGAACAACAAGAUUUUGUCUGCAACACGCUUCAGCCUGGCUGCAGGAAUGUUUGCUAUGAUCACUUUUUCCCCAUCUCUCACAUCAGACUCUGGGCCCUGCAGCUGAUCUUUGUCUCCACACCUGCGCUGCUGGUGGCCAUGCAUGUGGCUUACACCAGGCAUGAGAAGAAAAGGCGGUUCAGAAAUGGUGAGAAAAUUGAUAUUGAAGAGCUGAAAAAUGAAAGGAUUCACAUUCGGGGCCCCUUGUGGUGGACGUACACCAGCAGCAUCUUCUUCAGGAUCAUCUUUGAGGCUGUCUUCAUGUACGUGUUCUAUUACAUGUACGAUGGCUACCAGAUGCCCCGCCUGGUGAAGUGCGACGCUUGGCCCUGCCCCAACACUGUGGAUUGUUUUGUGUCUCGGCCCACUGAGAAAACCACGUUUACUAUUUUCAUGCUUGCUGUAUCUGGGAUCUGCAUGAUGUUGAAUCUGGCUGAGUUGUGCUACCUAGUGAUAAAAAUUUGCAUGAAAGAAUCUGGGAAAGCAGCAGUUUUGAAAUAAGUCCCCAUUUUCAGGAUUUACUGGCUCCUCAUUUCCUUUCAACUUUCUUAGGUAUAAAAAAAUAAUAAACAAUAUUUUUCAUACUCAAGGAAAAGGAUAAAAAAUGAAUGUUCUUUUGUGUUUUAAAGUGGAUAGCCUCCCUGGAAGGUGAUGCUGAGGCAGGUUUUAAAGAUCAUAAGCUAAUUCAGUAUUCCUGCAUCCACAAUUAGAGAGCGUGGCCUUCUGGCACCAGUUUCUCCAGGUAUGCCUGCUGCUGGGAUCCUACUGUUGGGACAGUUAACUCUUCAAACACAGGGAGUGGAAAGGACCAGAGAAGGCUCUAGUGCCCAGAGGAGAUCCAGAAAUCACACAGUGUCUUGGCUCAAAGGCAAAACAGUAUCAAAGGUUUUUGGUGAAAAGUGGGGUAAAGGAUUUUUUGGGGCAUAUCACAGAUUUUGAGAAGGAAGAAGACAGGGAGGUGAUUGUGUUUAUACUAGGUGUCCUUUCUAAGUAAUCUGGAGAGCAAGAAAAUUGUGUAGGAGCACAGAUACUCUGGCAGUGCAUGCUGUCAGCUUUGCUGGGCACCAGCAUGUUUUUUUUUUUCUUCUCAUCUUCUUGCCUGCACUGAGAAGCAUUUCCUUAAGUGUUGGGGGUGGCCAGUAUCAACUGCCUGUGAAUGCCAUUGGGUCAGUGCUGCCUCCCCAUAGUCACAGAGACUACAGCAGUGGGAGGAAAGAAGUUCCUUUCUCUUGAUCAGAUGAAAAAAAGUAGGGGAGGAGGGAGGCAGUGCAACAACUUCUCUUGUUCUCUCACAAUACUGAAGAAUCUUGGUACAGUAGACUUAAUCUGAUAAAGAGAUGUUUUACCACCUGUGCCUCACUCAGCUGUAUACUCUUUUUUUUUUCCCAAUAAAAACCAAGAAAAAAAUACCUUUUUUUGUUCUGCUGGUUAUCCAAAAGAAGUGCUUCAACUUACAGCAUGAUAUCCAGUGCUCCUUCCAUUUCUCCUUUUUUUUUCUAUCUAGCCUGCACAGCUUUUUUUCAUAAAACCUUCUCCCUAUCUGAGGUGCCCUUCAAAUGAGUUGAGCAAACCACUCCCAGUCUCUCUGACUUUCCACAUAGUGAGAUUAAAUCACCAUUCCUUUUGUUAAAGUUGGCCUAGCAGGAAUUCCAGACAGCUUGGAGAGCUAAAACAGCAAAGGGGCCUGAUCAGAAAUUAGGAGGAACUUGAUAUUUUUUUAAAGUUCACACUGCUGUGCUGUAAAUUGUAUAUUACUAAUUUGAAGUAUUAUAUGAGUCAGUCUGGUCUCAAAGAAGUCUCAAAAUGAGGUGGUUUAUGCCUGUAAUGGGCAGCAUAUGGCACUUAGGGCAACAGAGUUCAUCUCCCAAGUGCCUGCCCAUUGAAUCCACUCCUAGAAAGAUGACUGUUUCUCCUUAGCUUUAAUAACUGGCUUUUCCCCAAAAUGAAUGAGCACUAGCUCAG